AUGUGCUCGUUACUCAAAGCUACUUCACCAGUUCAAACCAAUGAUAAUACCACUGAACAACAACAACAAUUAUCACUUUAUAGUGAAGAUUUUAAAAUCCUACCACUGCCUCCUCUUUCUCCUCUUUUUAAUGUUCUAGCAUCUUCAAAUUCAUCUUCUAUGAGCAGUACUACAAAAGAUAUUGAUCAUUUAAAUACUGUAUUUAUCGCUAUUUUGACUUGUAAUAUUGAUGAAGAUGCAAUACGUCAAGCACUGUCAUCAGCUGAUCAAAUAAAAUAA